AUGAGCAAGUACCCACAUCUCUUACAGCCACUGGAUUUAGGCUUUACACAGCUAAAGAACCGCAUAUUAAUGGGUUCCAUGCAUACGGGACUUGAAGAAGGGAAAUCGCUUACUCGACUUGCUGCUUUUUUUGCCGAAAGAGCUAAGGGCAAUGUAGGUCUUAUUGUAACAGGUGGUAUUGCACCUAAUCGUGCUGGUCGUGUUAGUCCUUUUGCUGCUAAAUUGACGACACAUGGAGAAGUAAAGGCACAUAUGGAAGUGACACAAGCUGUACACGAGAAUGAUGGAAAGAUUGCGAUGCAGAUUCUACACAGUGGACGAUACGGUUACCAUCCAUUUAACGUAGCUCCGUCUUCAAUUAAGGCGCCCAUUGGUUGGUUUACGCCAAGGGAAUUGUCGAGUGCGGCGGUUGAGAGCACAAUUCGAGAUUAUGCCACUUGCGCUGCACGUGCACGUGAAGCAGGAUAUGACGGAGUAGAGAUUAUGGGAUCCGAGGGAUACCUUAUCAACCAAUUUAUCGUCACCCACACAAACAAACGCAAUGACGAAUGGGGUGGACCGUACGAAAAUCGCAUCCGUUUUCCCAUUGAAAUUGUGAAAGCUGUGCGUACUGCAGUGGGCAAAGAUUUCAUCAUUAUUUUCCGUUUGUCGAUGCUGGAUUUGAUUGAAAAGGGCAGUACGUGGGAUGAGAUUGUGAUACUUGCUAAGCAGAUUGAGGCUGCAGGUGCAACAAUUAUCAACACAGGCAUUGGCUGGCACGAAGCACGUAUCCCAACGAUUUCGACAAGUGUGCCGCGUGGAGGAUUUUCGUGGGUUACGAAAAAGAUGAAAGGAGAAGUCUCGAUUCCUCUUAUCACGACAAACCGCAUCAAUAUGCCUGAUGUUGCUGAGCUGAUUAUUGCUGAGGGUAGAGCAGACAUGGUGUCAAUGGCACGGCCAUUUCUGGCGGAUCCAGAAUUUGUCCGCAAGACUGAAGAAGGUCGAGUGGAUGAGAUUAACACGUGUAUAGGUUGUAAUCAAGCUUGCCUAGAUCACACGUUCAAGGGCAUUAUAGCAAGCUGUCUUGUGAAUCCGCGCUCGGGCUACGAGACGUUGCUGAAGUACACCCUCACAAAUGAUGCUCAGCGUGUGGCCGUUGUGGGAUCUGGGCCUGCUGGCUUGUCGUUUUCGACAGUUGCGGCGUUGCGCGGUCAUGAGGUGACCUUAUUUGACCAAGCUGAUACUAUCGGAGGUCAGUUUAAUAUGGCUAAGAUUAUUCCGGGCAAGGAAGAGUUUUAUGAGACGUUACGCUACUUUAAAAAGCAACUGGAACUGCAAGGCGUAGGUGUAAAACUUGGACGGCGGGUGCAAGCGGCAGAUUUAGUGUCUGGAGCGUUCGACAAAGUAGUGAUUGCAACGGGAGUCCUGCCACGUUCUCUCAACAUUCCGGGAGCAGAUCACCCCAAGGUACUAAGCUAUGUUGACGUCCUCAGAGACAAGGUAUCUGUGGGUAAAAAGGUGGCCAUCAUUGGUGCAGGCGGUAUUGGCUUCGAUGUGGCUGAGUUCCUAACACACGAAGGCGAGUCUGCGAGCUCGAGCGUAGAUGCCUUCGCUCGCGAAUGGGGCAUUGACACAAACAACUCAGUACGUGGUGGUGUCGCAGGCAUUAAGCCCAACAUCCCGUCUCCACCACGCGAGGUCUACCUGAUGCAGCGGAAGAGUACAAAGCACGGAAAGGACCUUGGUAAAACCACGGGAUGGAUCCAUCGACUUUCACUCAAGCAUCGCAAUGUGAAAAUGAUUGGUGGCGUGACGUACGACAAGGUGGAUGAUGCAGGGCUCCACAUUACUGACAACAAGGGUAAGAAGCAGGUGCUAGACGUGGAUAAUGUGAUUGUUUGUGCUGGUCAAGUACCGUUACGCGAGCUCGAGAAGCCGUUGCAAGACGAGGGCAUCACAGUGUUUCGCAUUGGUGGUGCCGAUGAGGCUGGUGAGUUAGAUGCCAAGCGCGCAAUUGACCAGGGUGCCCGUCUGGGAGCAACAAUUGAGACUGCAAUGCCUGGUGAGUCAUUGGAAGCUGAACUUCCUCUAUCGGCAAAGAUCUUCGAGUUCAUAGGCAAGUUCCAAAAGUAA